UGUUUCAUAUAUAAACGAGUUGAUUGAAUGCAAAAUAACUACAACGAGAAAAGUUUUGCGAGCCCCUCCCCAGCUUCAGGAGCGCGGAGAAAUUAGCAAGCACUGGCAACACAUUUUGAAAUAAUUACUACCGACGUCGUUAAAGUGAGAAGUACAAUAGAUUAAAAAAAAAAAAAAAACACUGUGAAAUAGCUCUGGAUGAGAAUCGACGUGUUGUGGUUUGCCAGCUUUACAUUUGGGUCGUCGAAAGGCAGCCCAUGAGGCGGGAAAGUAGGAGAGCUGGCAACCUGGUGUAAUCUGGCCAAGCUGUGGAGUGUGCAGGUGAUUUCUGAACCAGCCAGGCGAAGGGAGCAGCAGCACAGAAAGAAACUCAUCGGCCAGGAGAAAGAUUUGACCCUACAGUGACUCGAAAUGGAUUUUUUCGAUGAACAGGAGUGUGCACCUUUUGGAGAAUCCAACCACUUUCAGGAUUACAGUCGCGGCAGAAGAGGAAGAGGAGUAGGAUUUCGGAGCGGCUUUUCUUCAGAAAUGGGAAGUUCGAACAAUCAUGGAAGAGAGAGAGGAGCUUUCAAAGGAAGAGGAGGUCGAGGUGCUGGCAGAGGCGGCUUUGGAGGAGGAUAUCGUGGUGCGAACGAGGAAAUAUUUACCCAAGAGUCAGAGCAGACAGAAAACCCAGAUGAUAGUGUCCGACCAAAAGUCACCUAUGUUCCUCCAGCCCUACCUGAAGAUGAGGCCUCUGUUUUUGAACACUAUCAGCAAGGCAUUAAUUUUGACAAGUAUGAUGACAUCCUAGUGGAUGUGAGUGGAACCAACCCAGCACCCGCUAUUGUGACGUUUGAUGAGGCAACCUUGUGUGAGUCCCUGCGAAAAAACAUCCAAAAAUCUGGUUAUUCAAAGCCUACCCCAGUUCAGAAGCAUGCUAUCCCAAUUAUCUCUGCUGGUCGAGAUCUUAUGGCUUGUGCUCAGACUGGAUCUGGGAAAACGGCUGCAUUCCUACUUCCAAUUCUACAACAGCUAAUGCUUGAUGGUGUGGCUGCCAGCAGUUUCAGAGAGCUGCAGGAGCCAGAGGCAAUGAUUGUUGCCCCAACAAGAGAGCUUAUCAACCAGAUUUUCCUAGAGGCUAGGAAGUUUUCCUACGGAACAUGUGUGCGUCCAGUUGUGGUAUAUGGUGGGGUAAACACUGGAUUUCAGCUAAGAGAAAUUUCAAAGGGCUGCAACAUCGUGUGUGGAACACCAGGAAGACUGUUGGAUGUGAUUGGACGAGGAAAGAUUGGAUUGACUAAGCUUCGAUAUCUGGUUCUGGAUGAGGCUGACAGGAUGUUGGAUAUGGGCUUUGAGCCUGACAUGCGCCGCCUGGUUAGUUCACCUGGAAUGCCUGGCAAAGAAAAUCGCCAGACUCUGCUGUUUAGCGCUACCUACCCUGAAGAGAUCCAGAGGUUGGCUGUUGACUUCCUCAAGAUGGACUAUUUGUUCCUGGCUGUUGGCAUAGUAGGCGGAGCUUGUAGCGAUGUUGAGCAGACAUUUGUGCAAGUCACUAAGUUCUCAAAGAUGGAACAGCUUCUUGAUCUUCUUAAGACCACUGGAAAGGAGCGCACAAUAGUAUUUGUUGAGACAAAGAGACAAGCUGAUUUUGUUGCCACUUUCCUUUGCCAAGAGAACCUUCCCACGACCAGUAUUCACGGGGCUCGUGAACAGCGGGAGCGAGAACAGGCUUUGGGAGACUUCAGGAGAGGCAAAUGUCCUGUCCUUGUUGCCACGUCGGUCGCUGCCCGUGGGCUUGACAUUCCAGACGUGCAGCAUGUGGUGAACUUUGACCUCCCCAAAAACAUCGAGGAGUAUGUCCACCGCAUCGGCAGAACCGGUCGCUGUGGUAAUAUUGGCAGGGCAGUGUCCUUCUUCGAUCUGGAAAAGGACAAUGAGCUGGCUCGCUCCUUGGUCACGAUCCUGUCCAAGGCCCAACAAGUAGUGCCAUCAUGGUUGGAGGAGUCUGCCUUCAGUGGAGGACCCACCAGCUUUAAUCUGUUCAACAAGAGCUUUGCUUCCUCAGACUCAAGGAAGUUUCAACAGGCAGGAGGUGAGAGGCGCCAGCAAGUUCCUCAGGUUGCAAUUGCUGACGAUGAUGAUUGGGAGUAGAGAAGAAAGGCACCCCCCACCAAGCACUGGCUUUAUUUGUGUGAAUUGUUCACCAGUGCUGCACCUUUAUGGAAGUAGAUUAGUGCCACCAGGAUUUGAAUUUGAAAUGUAAAGUGAAAUAGGAUUUGAAUUUGAAAUGCCACAGAAAACAGGAUUUGAAUUUGAAAUGUUAAGUGAUGACAUUUUCAAUAGUUGGUACAAUUCACUGUCUAAAAUUCACAGUCUGUGCCACUGGGCAGAACACCUAGCCAAUCGCAGUUACGCUUUCUUAGUCAUGUACUAAUCUACUUCCAUACACCUUGUUUUAUCUGCCAAUUUUUUUUUUUUUUGUGACCAAAAUGGUUUGUUUCAGAACAGAUUUGAAAAUGUCUAAAAGGUGAACAAAGAAAUGUUUCUGUAUGAUGUAAAAAUAUUACCUUUUUUUUUUGUUUUUCACCACUCAGACUAUGGCAUUUGUGGGUGGAAGAGAAGAAAUUGUCAUUCCAGAUUUUUGUUUGUCUAGUUAGACAAUAAAUUUGUUCAAUGCA